CACGAGCCUCCGCAAAUAUCCGGUGACGGGUAGACUACGCAAUGGGACGUGGGCGAAGGUAGGGUAUAAGCCAGGCUCUCUCUCUCCCUCCACUACAGUGUGCUCCUCGGGCAGCGACGAGGCGGCACAGACGAGGGUUUCAGAUCUAUAUUAUAGACUGUGCACUACAGACUGCGCCAUGGCUCCUAUAUCAGGGCCACCUUCUUCAGACCAAGGCAUUCCCGACAGUUUCUGGACCUUCGAGCUGCCUAUAACCCGCCGGGGACACUUCUUCCAGGACUCUGCCUUCGAGAAUGCAUAUGAACAGCUCAAUAACAACGUACGGCGGAUUCUACAGCAGUGGGGAGAGACGGACUUUCUUAGUGAUCUAUCGGGUGAUUCAAAACUUCGCCACUCCGACAGCCUCGACCGCUUCAGGCAGCUGCGGCGCGACAACCUGAGGGAGGAGGACCAAGCUGUGACUGUCGCCUCGGACGCAACUACCCACAAGAUCGUGAUGGAUGUGCACGACUUCCUGGGUGGCGAUGUGAAGGUGAGGCUGGAAGGCGAGCGGGAACUGGUGGUCGAGGGACGCACCGAGACCAAGACAGGGAGCUGGACAUCGUCGAGCAACAGUUUCCGUCGACGUUUUUGUCUUCCACCCAACACCGAUCUGGCUGCCGUGUCUGCCGUGUUGUCUGACGAUGGCAUCCUCACCGUCAGCGCGCCACUCCGGAGCGUGGCUCGGGGACAGAAGGAAACAGAGGUGCCUCUCUUCGUGCAAGGUGCACGUGCUGCCAAUUCCAGUGAUCAGCGUGCAGGCUUCUCUUCACUGAACACGAACUCUACGCAAAAGUCCACAUGCACCUGUCGCCUCGGGCAGCAGGCUCAGAACAGCGCCGCGCGCUCAGGAAGAGAGCACAUAAUUCCAAUUAAGUUAGAUGAAGACCUUGAAGAAACCUCCCGCAGGUCACCAGCCAACAUGGGCACGCAGGCCACGCGAGGGUCACAGAGCCGAGAAUUCAUGAGCCAAGAGAGGGUUGAGUCCUCUGAGAGAAACACAUGUGAGGGUUCAAGACAGUCCCAGCGUGCUGAAAGCUCUUCCGUUUUCUCCCAAGCCGGCAGUGUCACCUCUCAGGACACCAGCGAAAAGAAGGAUCAGACUCAAUCGUCCUCGACCCAUUAUGUUCCGAUUAAUAUAAGGAACCAGCUGCCAAUCACCAGACGAGGCUUGUUCUUCGAUGACUCCUUCUUUGCGGGCAUGCGACAAGACUUCCAGAGCGCCGUGAACGACGUGUUGGGCCACUGGGGUGACAGUGAAAUACUGACGAAUGAUCGCGACGACGCAAGCUGCCUGGGUCGCUAUAAGCAGCUCCGUGAACACAACCUCAAUGUAGAGAGUCAGGCUGUGACGAUCACCGCCGACGAAACCAGUCACAAGAUCGUGAUAGAUGUGCACAACUUCUUGAGUGGCGAUGUGAGGGUGAGGGUGGAGGGCGAGCGGGAGGUGGUGGUUGAGGGAAGCACAGACACCAAAACAGAUGACCUGGCAGUGUCCAGCAACAGCUUUCGCAGACGCUUCUGUCUGCCAGCCAGCACCGAUACAGCAGCCAUGUCUGCUGUGAUAUCCGAUGAUGGUAUUCUCACCAUCACCGUCCCAAGACUUGUGAAUCAGAUCCAGAGCAGAGAGACAACAAUCCCUAUAAAGACAAAAGGGCUGCAACAGAAGCGCGAGGAGCACGUUACUUCCAGCUUCUCGGCGACCCCCGGCAGCUGCUCGCCUGCAGAGACUUGCCCCUCUUCCAACGUCUCCAGGCAGACAUCGACAGUCUCUACUCAAACGGACGCCCCCAUCAGCGGGUUAAGCCACACAGCAAUGAAAGAAAGUAAGGAAACAAAAACUGAGAUGAAAGAAUCGUCUUCGAUUCUGCAGGCCGGUGAGAAACAGUCAACCUCUGAGGUGCAACGGUCCGUGCCAGACUCUGUCACGCUACCCAUCACCACUCGUGGGUCGUUCUUCAGUGACUCUUUCUUCAAGGAUGCCUGGAAGGACUUCCAAGAGGCGGUGAGUGACGUGGUCUCUAAGUGGGGGGAUCCCGCUUGUCCUGCAGACGACUUCACACACUACCGGAGACUGCGGGAACAAGAUUUGCGAGACGAGAACCAGGCAGUUAAGCUCACGGACGACAAAGUCAAUUAUAAGGUUGUUGUGGACGUCGAGGACUUCAUGAAGGGCGGAAACGUCACCGUCAGAUCAGUGCAGGACAGAGAGCUGGUGGUGGAGGGUCAUGUGGAGAGACAGCAGGGCGGAGAGCGGUACAAGAAAGAGUUUCACCGUCGUUUCGUCCUUCCUAGCAACAUUUACUCAGAAUCCGUGUCUUCGGUGAUAUCUGCUGACGGAGUCCUGAACAUUACGGCUCCGAAGAAGGCACUGCCUCUGCCUUUCCGGGAAACCAUCAUACCAGUGGCCGUGGAGGAGGGAGUGCACCGGACAGAAAGUCUCAGCCACAUAUCAGAGGAGUCGCUAAAGUCACACAGGGAGGCACGCAACGAGCGGCAGCAGCAGCAGCAGCAGCAGCAGGUGUCGACAAGUUUUAAAUCUGCUGCACACGAAGGGUCCCGGACUCAGAAUGUUUCUUUGGAUUCCUCAAAAAAGGUUGCUUGUUCACGGGAGCACAUCAUUCCUGUGGUACUUGAGGAGCAGGAGCACGUCUCAGGAUCACACCGCGAGGGAAGUACAACCUCUGUGAAAGAGAACACUCAAAUGACUCAAAACAGGGAAUCGCUGGAGUCCUCCCAUGCCAGUACCGUGAACGCCACCGCCACCGCCGCGGCAUCUGAGACUACGUCCUCAGAGACUAAGUCGUGUAAUACUGCAGUAGCCGAAAAUCAUCUGCAGAAUGCUGCUGCGUUGACAAACAGCAAAGGUUUCCAGGGGAUUUCUGCCACAGCUACAAGACGCUCGGAGGAGAGCAGGAGUCUUACCGGCAGUCUCCCAUCCAGCAAGACUGUGCCCAUCAGCCUCAAGGGAGACUUCUUCAGCGACUCCUUCUUCGAGGAUAUGAGGAAGCAGUUCACCGCCGCCGUGCAGGACGUUCUGCAGCAGUCAGAGGCGGCCUGCCUGUCUGACGAGAUGAUCAGUUACCGCAACCAGCUGAGAUCGAACCGGCGACUAGAAAACCAGGCGGUCCACGUAGAGGAGGACAUGAGUUCAUUCAAGAUCAUCCUCGAUGUCCACGAAUUUGUCGGCGGCGAGCUGAAAGUGGAGGUGGAGAACGAGCGAACACUCGUGGUGGAAGGCCAAGCCUCGUGUGAAGAGGGAACCUCGUCCUCCACACUCACCUUCAGGCGCAUCUUCUCGCUGCCCUCACAAGCCAACGUGGCGGCCAUCACCUCGGCGCUCUCCUCAGACGGCGUCCUCACCAUUCUCACCCCAAAGCUGCAGCAAGACGUCACUUCCAUUGCCAGUCACAAGAUGAAUGUUCAAAGUCACUCUCGUCAGGAGGAAGACAGCGGCGCGGCGAGUGUGUGGGGGGAGCAGCAGGUGAAGCAGGAAACCACCAGGUCCGGGAACAGUUUUUCCAAGACAUCGAGCAGCAGUAGCACCAGCACCACCACCACCACCACCACCACACAAGAGUUUUCGUCUCAUAAUGUGUUUUGAGGCGGCCGCGUGGUAGGCAGCUUGUUCCACGCUGUACCUGUCGUUACUGUUUUACGGCAGUAAGUCUCUAGAGGCUUAGGCCGCGUGAAGACACUGGUGUGAAUAAAUCCUGCAUGAGGGCGGUAAAACUGCGCCCAGCCCUUCCAGGACAUGGUAGCUACACGAAUUACCUUCCUUUCAGUCGGUAGCGAGGCGAUGCCGUCGUCUGGAGGGAUUGUUGUGGGGAGGGUGUGGGGGAGGUGCAGCUGGGUGAUUCUCACCCAAAACAUUCCAAGUAAACAUUGUGAUCAUGUGAAGUACCGCGACUAAAUCUUGCCUCUGAUAGUAAAGAAAAUAAUGUGAAGAUGUAAUUUUAAUCUUUGUUUAAGUUACUUGUCCGUUUGAAACUAACUAAUGACAGUUUUAAUUAUUGAUCUGUGUGGCCUCGAGGGAGUUAUUGAACCUUCUUGGGCUUUUCAUUUAUGGUGGUGUCUGUGAUUCACAUAAUUUAUGGAAAUAAACUGUUCACUAUUAUAGU